AUGAAAAAAGUGGAAGAAGGAAAAGACGGAGAAGAAGUAAGGAAGCAAUGGCAUGGGUUGACGGAACAUGCUAAUAAGAUUUAUCCACUGAGAAAAAUAAUGGUGAACAUUAGCUUACUAAUUAUAGAGGCUCUCAAAGGGAAGGACAAAAAGAAGUUUCUCCUUGACUAA